GUUAAAAAAAAAAAAAAAAGGGACAAAACUUUAAGGCUGCGUUCGGAAGCGACCACGUUAUUUCUUUUUUCCAACGGUGUUAUAAGAUUGGCGGUGAAGCUAUAAACCGAAUUCGUAAAGAGAAAGAAACAAGAAAUCAGCGGAUGGCAAUGGCGAGGCGAGCUGGGAGCAGGAGCAAGAACGAGUCAGCAAUCACUAGAGGCGUCAACAAGGUUUUCGGAUUCGUCAGAGCGGCCGAAUUUGAGAUCCUCUGCGUUCUCUUCAUUAUCAUCGCCUUUGUCAUCUUCAAAGAUCUGUUUCAGGGAGGUCUCCCAUCAAAUAAUAUUGUAUCGCAAGUGGAUUAGCAGAACACGCUUAAUUACUACUAAUAUAUAUAUCCUGCCCUUGUUGACUAAUAGGAUUGAUAAUUGGUUAGGUUAUUUGUUGCCAUAGCUAUUUGUUUAAGAAUAGAGAAAUGGACUUAAAAAACUUCCGUUGGCCAAUCCUUUUCUGCAUUAUAGUCCAACUCCAAAACCAGUAUUGACCACAUGCGCUGCCCAUUUUUCUUCACAUAAUCCUAGGAACUAUAUGAUCCCAUUCACCUAGUUACACCUAACCCUUAAGCUGGCUUUGAAGAAAGUGACUUUGCAAUUCAUUUGCCUUCGCCAAAUCAAUUUUAGUUGUUCAGUAUUGGUAGUUUGGUAUGUUAUCUGUGGUUGAAUUCAACUAUAUCCAUUCUCCAAAACACAAAUUUUGAAGAGCUGAGUAGGGAGAAUUCCCAAAGUAUAAGAUGAGAGGAGAGCUAUGGAUGAAGAUUCAGAGGGUACUUUCAAACAAACUCUGGAGGAAACUGGAGCCUGGAGAUCACAUCUACACAUGGAAGGGAGGCAAUACAAAAUCUUAUCAUGCGUAUAAACACUAUUCAUGGGAUAUUAUUUGCCUGCUUGUAUGAGACCCCAAGGAUAUAUAUUUUUGAUGAGAAGGUGAUCCACUUUGAUUGUCAUGGUGUGGUCUUUUCAUCCAUAGAAGAUUUUCUUUCUUGUGGAGAUGUUGAUCUCUUUGAAUAUGGUGUCAAUCCAGCUCUCUUCCUCACCAAAUUCCGGGAACAUACUUCCACCCUUGCCUCUGCCGAUCCACCUCAAGUUGUUCAGGACUGUACGGCCUUCCUUCUCAACUAUGGCGCCUCCAGUGACUAUUACCACUUCAUAAACAACGAUGAAGACUUUGCAAUGUAUUGCAAAACAGGAUUGCUAGUAGUAGACAGCAUUGUUUUCAGCAGAAGUUGGCAAACAGCAUUUUUCUUGGCUGUUACUACUGCUGUCUUUCUUUCCCUACUGCAACUUGCCCCUGCUACUUUAACUGGUCUGGCAGCUAGAUGUCUCAGCGUUUACUAUGUUUCUAGAUUGGUUUCUGAUAUCGGAGCUCGUCCUAAUGUUAUCAAAAUUGAAGCAGAGAGAUUGCCAGUGGUUGAUGAGAUAUUGGCUUCUGGUGGUUUGGGCCGUAUUGAAUUCUUAAUUGACCUGUUCUUAAGAAUACUAAUGUGUGCUUUUGCCUUUUUUUGUUUGCUAUUAAGUUUGUGGUCUCAGACUCUUCCAGUGCUCUGGACUCUAGCAUGCUUCAUACUUUUCUACUGGGCAGUAUUUGGAAAAAGGCUGCUUUCUAAUAAGAUACAAAAGAAGCAAAUGAAGCCUAAGGAUCACAUCUUCGUAUGGAGGCGGAACUGAAGGUAUACCUAUGCCUGUCAUGGGAUAUGUGUGGGUGAUGGAGAGGUGAUUCACCUCAAUCGAGGAGACGACCCUAUUGGUGGUGGUGGUUAAUCAACGGAAUGUCGUGUAGAGUCUUGCAGCGUAAAUAGUUUUCUUGAUGGAGGGGAAUUGUAUCUGUAUAAAUUUAGUGUUAAUCUUGCUUUCUUUAUAGCCAAAACUCAAGGGGGUACCUGUACCCUUGCCUCUACCAGUCCAACAGGAGAUGUCCUGCACCGUGCUCAUUUCCUCGGAAAGCAUGAUGGUUUUGGUGCCUACAAACUUUUCAACAACUGUGAAGACUUUGCAAUAUAUUGCAAAACUGGCUUGCUGGCAAGGAAUGUCAUUGAUCUUGGCACGAACGGGCAGAUAGCAACCCCAUUUGCUGUUAUUUAUGCAAUCCUUCUUUUUCCACGAGGAUUCCCAGCUAGUAAUUUUAUUGUUGUGUCAGCCAUGUGUUAUGUUAUAUACUCCAUCUUGCGAUUUAUUUAUGAUGCCAAAUAUUGUGGGAAUGCUUGUAAAGUUUCUGUUGAGAGAUUGGCCGCACUUUGGAGAGUUGGUAACUUUUGUGAUAGUUGUAUUGAUUCGUUUUGGAAGGAGAUAGAUUUUGAGGUUUUGAGUGAGGAUUAAGAUAAGUAAAUGCGUAGCUAAAUUUAUGAUUUACAAGAUUGACAACGGUUAUUGGUUGAGUUCUUAAUUAAUGAAAGAUCAUUGAUACAUUAGUUACAUGUUAAAGACAA